UGAGACCCUCGUUUUCCUUCUCGCUGUUCAACUUCUUUUUUGUCUUUUUUUUUUUUUUGGCGUGGCUGUUGAAUAUUGAAUCAUUCAAAGUUAAUAUAGACUUAUUUAGGACAAGGGUUUUUUUUUUCUUUCUUCCUUUUUUGACUCUGAUCACUUUUUGCAUAUGCCAGAAAGAGAGAGCAAUAAACAAAUACCACGUGACAAGCUUAGCCAACCAUCCAUAGCUGCAACCUCCCUGUGAAGCAACUGGACAAGAAGAAAGACAUGGGAAAAAAACAACUUAUCAAGAAAAGAAUGUGUUUGGCAGGCUUUUUACUCAGACAUCAUGGCCUGUUUUCAGAAACCAACUGAAUGAAAACAGAUUUACAAGAGGCAAGCAUUUGUGGAAAAGUCCUUGAAGGAUUGUUAACUGUUCUUCUGGACAGAAAGAGACCGUGAAUCAAAAGUGCUUUUGAGUUCUUCACUCUUACUUUCCUGACAGAACAGGACAAAAUGAUUAAAAAAGAGAUGAGUGUGUGUCAACAAACUCAGGCCCUUCUGCACAAGAAUUUUCUUAAAAAAUGGAGAAUGAAAAAAGAGAGCUUAUUGGAAUGGACAGAAGCGCUGCUUCUAGGGCUGUCUUUGUGCAUAUUUUCGGAAUUCUUCAGAGCUAUUCGUUUUCAUGAACAGCCUCCUCAUGUUCUGGGACGUGUGGAUCAAUUUAAUGACUCUGAUCUAGUGGUGGUCUAUACCCCAGUCACUAACAUGACACAGAGGAUAAUGGAUAAGAUGGCUUUGGCUGCUUUUAUGAAAGGAAGAACAGUCAUUGGGACUGCCGAUGAAGAAGCCAUGAACAGAGUGCCUCCAGAACACAGCUCUGAAGUGGUGGGAGUUGUGUUCAGUGAUACUUUCUCAUAUCAGCUGAAGUUCAGUCAGAGAUACAGAUUCCCAAUUAUAAAAGAGCACUUUGAACACUCAGAACACUGUCGGGGUCUGCCUGAUGAAGUUUAUUGUUCCUUGACAAGUUACUGGAAGAAAGGGUUUGUGGCUUUUCAAACCGCAAUUAAUGCUGCCAUUAUAGAAGUCACAACAAAUCAUUCUGUGAUGGAAGAAUUGACAUCAACUACUGGAAUAAAUAUGAGAACACUGCCUUUCAUCUAUAGGAGAAAAAAUAUAGACAAAUGGUUUAUUUUUAUUUGUGUGGUUUAUUUCUCUCCUUUUGUAUACAUUGCAUCAUUAAACAUUACAGAGGAAAGAAAAAAAUGUAAGAAGCUGAUGACAGUGAUGGGUCUCCGAGGGACAGCAUUCUGGCUCUCCUGGGCAUUAAUGUAUGCUGGCUUCAUCUUCAUUAUGUCCAUUUUAAUGGUUUUGGUCAUAAAAUUUGUCCAAAUUAUAGUCAUUCCUGGCUUCAUGGUGAUAUUCACACUUUUUUUCCUAUAUGGCCUGUCUUUGAUUGCCCUGGCUUUCCUCCUGAGCGUGUUGAUAAAGAAACCAUUUCUUUCGAGUUUGGUUGGAUUUCUCUUCACUGUGUUUUGGGGAGGUCUGGGGUUCUUUGUGCUGUACAGACAGCUUCCUUUAUCGUUGGCGUGGGCUUUAGGUCUGUUUAGCCCUUUUGCCUUUACUGCUGGAAUGGCUCAGAUUUCACACCUGGAUUACAACCUGAGUGGUGUUGUUUUUCCUGAUCCUUCUGGAGAGUCACACAUAAUGAUAGUGAUGUACUUCAUUUUGGUAUUUGACACUCUUCUCUAUUUGAUACUAACAUUAUAUUUUGAACGAGUUUUGCCUGAUGAGGAUGGCCACCGGCAUUCACCGUUGUUUUUCCUAAAGUCUUCAUUUUGGUCCCAACAUCAAAAUACUCAUCAUGAAGUCUUUGAGAAUGAAAUGAAUCCUGAGGAUUCCUCUGAGGGUUCUUUUGAACCCGUGUCUCCAGAGUUUCACGGAAAAGAAGCCAUCAGAAUCAGAAAUGUUAAAAAAGAAUAUAAUGGAAAGCCUGAAAAAGUAGAAGCAUUGCAAGGCAUAUUUCUUGACAUAUAUGAAGGACAGAUCACUGCAAUACUUGGACACAGUGGAGCUGGUAAAUCAACACUGCUAAACAUUCUUAGUGGGUUGUCUGUUUGUACAGAAGGAUCAACCACUAUUUACAAUACCCAACUCUCUGAAAUAACUAAGAUGGAAGAAAUCAGAAAGGACAUUGGAUUUUGUCCACAAUUCAAUAUUCAAUUUGACUUUCUUACUGUGAGAGAAAACCUCAGGCUAUUUGCUAAAAUAAAAGGAAUUCAACCAAAAGAAGUGGAACAAGAGGUAAAAAGAGUUAUAAUGGAAUUAGACAUAGAAAACUUUCAAGAUGUUAUUGCUAAAAAAUUAAGUGGCGGACAGAAGAGAAAACUAACAUUUGGGAUUGCCCUUUUAGGAGAUCCUCAGAUUUUGCUACUGGACGAACCAACUGCUGGAUUGGAUCCUUUUUCAAGGCACCGAGUUUGGAGCUUCCUGAAGGAGUGCAAAACAAACCACGUGAUCCUUUUUAGUACCCAGUUCAUGGAUGAGGCUGACAUCUUAGCCGAUAGGAAGGUGUUUCUGUCUAAUGGGAAGCUGAAAUGUGCAGGGUCAUCUUUGUUUCUGAAGAGAAAAUGGGGUAUUGGAUAUCAUUUAAGUUUACACAGGAAUGAAAUGUGUAAUCUGGACAGAAUCACAUCCCUCAUUACACAGCACAUCUCUGAUGCCAAGUUAACAGCAGAAAGUAAAGAAAAACUUGUGUACAGUUUGCCCUUGGAAAGAACAAACAAAUUUCCAGAUCUUUUCAGAGACCUUGAAAAGUCUUCUGACCAGGGUAUAAUGAAUUAUGGUAUUUCCAUGACAACUCUGAAUGAAGUAUAUUUGAACCUGAAAGGCAGAUCAGCAAUUGAUGAGCCAGAUUUGGGCAUUCAGAAACAGGGGGAAAUCUGCGUGACCAGAGGCACUGAAAUUGAGUCUGAAAUGGGACAGGCUCUCUGUUCGCUUCCUGAAAUGAAAAAGGCCAUCAAUUCUGGAACUCUCUGGAGACGGCAGAUCUGUGCGAUGGCAAGGCUUCGCUUCCUAAAGUUAAGGCGUGAGAGGAAAAUUCUUUUGUCCUUGUUAGUGGUGUUUGGAAUUGUUUUAAUCCCCGUCAUUUGCGAGAAGAUAAUGGUUGUGGUACUUCAUCAUACUCAUCGAUGGGAGUUCUCAUCCAGUAUGUACUUCCUUUCUUCGGAACAGCUCCCACAAACUCCUCUUACCAGUCUGUUGAUCAUUAAUAAUACAGGAUCAAAUAUUGAAGACCUUGUACAGUCACUGAAGCGUCAGGAUAUAGUUUUGGAAGUAGAUGACUUUAGAAAUAGAAAUGGCUCAGAUGAUCCGUCCUACAAUGGAGCCAUCAUAGUGUCUGGUGACCACAAGGAUUACAGAUUUUCAGUUGCAUGUCAUACCAAGAGACUGAACUGUUUUCCUGUUCUUAUGGGAAUUAUUAGCAAUGCCCUUCUUGGAAUUUUUAAUUUUACAGAGCUUAUUAAAACGGAGAGAAGCAUAUUUCCUUCUGAUGAUGUAAUACUGAUACUUGGCUCUUUGGAUCUUCUUUUGCUGUUACUUGUAAACUGCGCUUCUCCUUACAUUGGCAUGAGUAGCAUCAGUGAUUACAAACAAAAAGUUCAGUGUCAGUUAUGGAUUUCAGGCCUCUGGCCUUCAGCAUACUGGUGUGGACAGGCUCUGGUGGAUAUUCCAUUAUAUUUCAUGAUUGUUCUUCCAAUACAUUUAAUUUACUGCUUCAUGUUUUUGGAAUUCACAUUUCCAUUGGGAUUCUUGUUUGCUCUGAUGGUUUGCAUAGCUGUUUGUGCAGCUUCUUCCAUGUUCUUCACAUACAUCAUUUCAUUCAUCUUUCCCACGGGGAGAAAAAAUAAGGGCUUUUGGUCUCUUGGCUUCCUUAUGAUCUCAAUAUUUAUAGCCAUCAUCUUGGAGUCAACUUCUACUGGAAAUACCACUUUAAUUAUAUGCAUGAUUUUAAUGCCUUCACAUACUUCACUUUUCUUUUUUGUAUAUUUGAUACAGUUGUCCUUUAUGUAUAAGAGAAGCUCCGAAAGUCAGAACUUUGGAAAUACUGUUGCUGAUUAUUUUGUCCUCUUAGCAAUCUUAAUACCAUUUCUUCAGAGCAUCAUUUUCCUUUUUGUUAUAAGGUGUCUGGAAAUGAAGUACGGAAAAGAAACAAUGAGGAAAGAUCCAGUUUUCAGAAUCUCUCCAAGAAGAAAGGAAAGUCAUCCAAAUCCAGAAGAGCCAGAAGAAGAAGAUGAAGAUGUUCAAGCUGAAAGAAGAAAAACAGAAAAUGCACUCGCUCCUUCAAACUUGGAUGAGAAACCAGUAAUAAUGGCAAGCUGUUUACACAAGAAAUAUAAAGAGAAAAAGAAAAGUUGCUUUUCAAAAAGAAAGAAGACAGUAGCCAUUCGGAAUGUUUCCUUCUGUGUUAACAAAGGUGAAGUCUUGGGAUUGCUGGGACAUAAUGGAGCUGGGAAAAGUACUUCUAUUAAAAUGAUAACUGGAGAGACAGAACCAACCGCAGGAGUGGUGAUUUUCCAUGGCAGCAGUACAUCUCUGAAGCAGCAAGAUGACAUCCUCAAGUUUUUGGGGUACUGUCCACAGGAGAAUGCCUUGUGGCCAGAUCUUACGGUGAAAGAACACCUGGAGUUAUUCGCAGCAGUGAAAGGACUGGGCAAAGAGGAUGCGGCUCUUCAUAUUUCAGGGUUGGUGGAUGCACUCAAGCUGCAGGAGCAGCUGAAGCUCCCCGUGAAGGCUUUACCCGAGGAAGUAAAGAGAAAGCUGUGCUUCGCGCUGAGCCUCCUGGGAAACCCAUCGGUGGUGCUUCUGGACGAGCCGUCCACGGGGAUGGACCCCGAGGGGCAGCUGCAGAUGUGGCAGGCAAUUCGGGCCAUUGUUAGAAACACGGAGAGAGGUGCCCUUCUGGCCACCCAUUACAUGGCAGAGGCCGAGGCCGUGUGUGACCGCGUGGCCAUCCUGGUGUCUGGAAGGCUGAGGUGUAUUGGCUCUAUUCAACAUCUGAAAAGCAAGUUUGGUAAAGAUUAUUUACUAGAAGUAAAAGUGAAGGAACCCACUCAGAUGGAGCUUCUUCACACACACAUUCUGAAGGUUUUUCCACAGGCUGCCCGGCAGGAAAGGUUUUCCUCCGUGAUGGCGUAUAAAUUGCCUGUGAAAGAUGUUCGCCCUUUAUCGCAGGCCUUUUCCAAAUUAGAGGCAGUGAAACAGACCUUUGACGUGGAAGAAUACAGUCUCUCUCAGGCUACCUUGGAACAGGUGUUCUUAGAACUCUCCAAAGAGCAGGAGCUGGGAAAUUUUGAUGAUGAAGUUGAUACAACAGUUAGAUGGAAACUCCUCCCGAAGGAAGAGCCUUAAAGCCCUGAACCUCCUAACACUAGAUUUUAGGUCUUACUACAUUAUUAGUUUCCAUAAUUCUAGAAGACUCUUUCAUAUUACUGCAGUUAAUGAAACAAAACAUUCAGUAGUUUAAGCAUUCAAUAAUGAUUUAAGGUUUUAAAUGUUUUUUAAAAUUUUAGAAUGGAGGGAAGAGGCAAGGAUAGGGAAAGGUAGCAGACAAAAUUAACGUAACCAGACAUACAGGAAUCAUUAAUAUAGGCCUAUUUUGUGCUUAAUAUUAAUUCAGAAAUCACAGAAUGUUAGACUAGUAUUUUGUUGCUAUCAAUAAGGCUGACCUCUGAGCUCAUUUUACAAAUAAAACAUUGUAUGCUUUUUAAAACCUAAACUUUAAAUAUAUCAGCUUUUUAAAUCAUUUUUACAUAAAUCAUUUUUAAAUCAUUACUAAGUACCAACAAUGUGACAUGAACUGUCAGAAGAUCUAGUAAGUUGAUAGAUGAAAUUAUGUGGUAUAACAUUUAGAUAUAAUUAUAUAUUCUGAUUAUAAAAUAAACAUAUGCUCAUUUUACGGUAUAAAAAUUAUGUGGAUGAAGGUAACAGUAAUCACCACAGUAAAACACCACAGUAAAUAUUUGGGCCUACCUGUAUGUAACGUGCUUUUAAAGAGUACUUUUCCGAAGUUAAUACCCCAGUGAGCAUAGGAAUUUUUUAUAUUUUUUCACUUAACAUUUCAUGAACAUUUCUCAUGUCAUUAUAAACCUUUUGUGUUCUGUAAUGGCUCCGUCACAUUCCUUUGAUGUGCUAUCAUGGGUUUUAUUUAACCUUUUACUGUUAUCUGACAUUUUGGUUACAUGCACAUAUAUCUCUUAUAAAUAAAGCUGCAGUGGACUUCUCUUAAGUCUUCUUUGUUAUAGUCUUAGGGCAAGUAGCUCACAUAUCAACUAUUGGCCGUUUGCUGUAUGAGAUUUUGGUAACUUUGUUGUCUGAUCCAUAGAAAAAUUCAGUGUCCAUCAUAAGCUUCUGAAACUCCCCCGAGAACUUUUAAUCUCAGACUCAUUCCUGACCCGGACUUCGCUUAUUUGCUGAACUUAUUAUCUGCUCUGCGGUCAGUUCCUUUAUCUCUGCCUUGGCAUUGAUUUAAGGUAAAGCUUGGCUCCUUACCUUGAUUCUUACAAACAACUAUUUCCACAGGUAAUUUGUAAAAGAAGCAAGUCCUCCUAACUUGUAGGAAUGCUUAAAAUGUGAAUAAAAAUUGGACAUAUAUUUCAAGCUGAAUAUUGUUUCAUAUACAUUACACAUUUUCUCACGAAUAGAGUAUGCCCUUGAAGAUACAAAGAACUAAGACAUCCUUAGUAGCCCUUGAAAUACUGGACAAAGUUAUAUAUAAGAACGUCAAUGAACAGAAACAAAAAUAAAACAUCUAGCAUUUGCAAUUAACUCCACAUUAAUACAAAUCAAUUGAUGUAGGUGGGGGCAGAGGUGGCAUGGGAGAAUAUUAGGGGGCGAGUUUGCUUCAUAUUUGUGAUGGAUUAUCACAAUUGGUCAAAAAGAAGAGCUCAGCAGAAAGUAAUACCUUCUACUUUCUGCAGAUGUUCUCAUUCCUGUCAAACAGAGAUUGGCCGUGACCAAAAAAUAUGCAGCAAGGUUCUGUGAUUUUUUUCUGAUGCAGCUGUUGGCCAGUGGACACUCAGCUAUCAGAUAAAAGCCCCUUCCUCUAAGAGAUUUCUCUAGCUGCUUUGAGUAGGGCAUCCUAGACUUUAACUUUGUAAACUUCCUAUUGCUAUAAAUUAAAGUCAUUCAACUCUGCCCAGUUUCAUUCCUUCUACCCUUAAAACUGCUGCUUUUCAGCUUUUGCCCAUAGCCACAAAGAAGUCAUAGUAUGUCUACCAAGAAAACACAAUUUUAGAAUAGGUAGAACAUUUCCAGUGCUUUCAGCCGUUAUGUCGUAACUAAUUUCAAAAUCUCCACAUUCUUGGUGAUUUCAUAUUUCACAAAUCUCAAUUCCUGGUAGUAAUUUCUCUGUUCCUGGAGUUUCUCUGGUUGCAAGAAACAGAUUCACACAUGCUAACUCAGGUAAGGAGGGUUUGUUGUGAUCCAAAGCAUAUCCAAGGGUAAAAACAGGAUUGGAAGAGCCAGCUUGAAAGUCCUUGUGGAUUCAAGGCCGCCUCAGGAAUGUCCGUGGGCCAGAGGUGGUGAAACGUCACUGGAGUGUUCUCAGCCCACGCCAGAGACGCGGCUCCUCGCUGUGCUCGUUGCCAUGUGCGGUCUGUCUUCUUCCCCCAGGUACGUGGCUCCAGCACCCAGUGCUCAGUCGGCCUUUUCUCAACCUCCCCCUUCUGCUUGCUCAGAGUUUUUGUUUACAUCAACAUUAACUUACCGAAUGGCCUCCAUUAUCCCUUCGGCCUUAUUGCCUCUCUCUGUGCAUACUUUCAGCUUCCUCUGUAUUUCCCAGUUCAAUUUCCAGAGAGCCAGAGUUUGUGAUUUGCUUUGCCUCUAUUGGAACUAAGAUUUUUUUUUAACAACCAACAACACGUGGGUUAAAUGUGCUGUGGUCUUGGGUCCAUGAUACAAAUUAUGGUCAGCCUUAUAUUAAGAACAGCCCUGGCCUCAUCCCUCAGGAGAGCAGUUUCCCAUGAGGGAGCUAUGAAGCUGGUAAGAACCAUCCUUAUCAUAUUCAGUAAAACCCAUAUAGAGUUUAACUCUCACAUACAGUUUAUUUCCUUUUACACAGACCCUCCUCCCAUGGCAAAUACCUGAAAUUCUGGGUAAAAUAUGACAAAAACCACUUUAAUACCAUCAGAGCAAUAAGCUUCAGCUUGUAUUACCUGUGGCCUAGCGUCAUAAUGAACCUGGGUCUCAACCCCUACACGUGAGACUGGGAUUUUUGUGGCUACGUGAGGAUCUGAAAGCGGUUUAUAGUCAAUGAGAAGUGAAGACUUAGAACAAUGAUUGUAGUGUAAAGCCAGCUUCUACAAAAAAAAACUACCCACCCUGGGACAGAGGACUUGAUGUACAGUGCCCACCAUCUGGAGAAGCUGUUCCAGACAAGAGAUGGAAAAAAAAAAAAACGCUGAGCUAUGCUUAUGUGACAGCGCCACAAGAAUUUAUACUAUCCAUGUGGUCCAGGAAACCCAACUGACAAAGUCAGUCUGUACCAUCAAAUAGACAAGAGAUAACAAGUGGUGAGGAUGUGGAGAAAGGGAACACAUGUGCACUGCUGAUGGGAAUGUAACCUGGUGUAGCCACUAGGGAAACAGUACGGAGAUUCCUCAAAAAGUUAAAAACAGAACAAUCAUACGAUCCCCACCAGUGGGUGUAUUCCGAAGGGAUUGAUAACAGGCUAUUGGAAAGAUACCUGCCCUCCCAUGUUCAUUGCAGCAUUAUUCACAGUAGCCAAGGUGUGGAAACCACCUCUAAGUGUCCUUUCGCAGAUGAAUGGAUAAAGAAGAUCACAGUUGCGCGCGUGUGCGUGCACAUACAUGCACACACACGAAUAUUAUUCAACCACAAGAAAGCAGGGAAUUCUGCCAUUUGUUACAGUAUAAAUGGAACUUGAGGAUAUACUAAGCAAAGUAAGUCAGAGAAAGACAACUGUAUGAGCUCACUUAUUAUAUAGAAUCUAAAAAAUUCAAACUCAUAGAUAACAGAGCAGUGGUUUCCAGGGGCAAGGGGUGUGGUGGGAGAAAUGGGGAGAUACUGGUCCAAGGGUAUAAACUUUCAGUUAUAAGAUGAAUAGUUCUGGGGAUCUAAUGUUCAGCACAAUGAUUAUAAUGUUGUUAACAUUAUCGUAUUAUAUACCUGAAAGUUGCUAAGAGUAAAUUCUAAAUGUUCUCAGCACAGAAAAGAAAUGGUAAUUAUGUGAUGUGAUGGAGGUGUUAGCUAAUCAUUUUGCAAUAUAGAAAUGUGUCAAAUCAACACUUCACAUACCUUAAACUUAUACAAUGUUGUAUGUCAAAUACAUCUCAAUAAUGCUGGGUGG